CACGUCUCUGCCAGCCCUGACUCUCGCGAGAGUGGGCGACGCCGUCGAGGCCGGCCUGAGCUGACACCGUCGAUGGCGGCUGCGUGGCGCCGGAGGCAGUAGCAAGGAGGCUUUCAGAACAUUGCUGAUUUGUCAUCACUUUCUUGUUGAGCUUACAAAUAUAGAACAACGUUGCAACGUUGGUAUGUGCUUGUCCAUAGGAAGCAAUAUACAUUUGAUAUCGAGAUGGUUGAGUGAGCUGGGCAUUAUUAAUACCAUAGAUGAAGUCUGUUGAAGAGCCAGAGCAAGGAGUAUUUGAAUGUAGUUUAUGUGGACUCAGAGCACCGUUUAACUACCAUGGACAAAAACCACCAAAUGCACGUUCUAUUGUACUGCUGGAGGAGUGCUACACCAUGAAUGAUCCGUUCACAUCUCAAAAGGACAAAUUUCUUAUAAUUGGAUCUCACUGUAGUCUUUGCAACAACAUUGUAUGUGUUGGACAAGAAUGUAGCCUUUUCUAUACAAAGCGAUUCUGUAUCCCCUGUGUUAAGAAGCACAUUGAACAAUUCCCUGAAGAGAUUCAGUUGGACCUAGAGAAGAAGCAGCAGCAGCAAAAGCCUCAGUCCUUGGGUUGAACACAGCACAAGAUUCGCUUUAAUGAGAAAACCUGGGAGUCGAUCCUUUACAUUGAAAUACAUCCAAUGGGAAGCUUUUUCUUAUGUGAAUAAAAAGAUUAUCACACUAUCUUUUGAAAACAUUUUCUAUGAAGAAGUCCAGCAAAACUACUCUGCAGAAAAUAUGUUGUAAAUAAUUUCAAGUAUAUUGGAAAAAUAAAUGAAUAAACAAA